AUGCUUCGUUUACUUUCCCUCGCUUUGGCCAUCAGCCACGUGCAAGCUCGCGUGGUGACGCGCCAGGACUCAAACCAAGAUACCCGCACCCCCCUCUUCACCAAGGAGGUCGAGGGCAACUUGACCACCUACAAGCCCUACGAUGCGUUCGACUACAACCACUGGACUCCCGAAGCCACUCUCUACGAUGGCAUUCCCAUGCUGGAGAAGCAGGUCACGGUUGACGGCAAGCAAUUGACGUACCAGGACUUCAACGUCUCUGCUCUCACCACGGAGCAGUUCAAGACCCACUACAUGAACCUCCCCGAGUACUUUGAUUCAAAUGGCAACUUCAUUCCCACGGACGCGGAGGUCAAGGCUUUCCAAGAUUCUCUCAUUGCUCACGCAGACGAUCCUAAUGCAGCCAUUGACAUCCCCACCAAGCAUGUCAGCAAGCGGGCCUUCCCCGACAUGUGCUUCUACGACAACAGGCUUCGUUGCUCGAGCAGCUGCAUCGACAACAUCUCUCGCGGUGUCAGACAAUCAUUGAACAGCAAUGUCUACGGAAACUACCACUACGUCUCGGAUGCUCAGUGCGGCACGGGCUCCGUCACCAAGACUGUUUCCGUCACCCACGUCUCGGGCGUUACCAUUGGAGGCACUGGCCAGAUCCCUUCAUUCGGCAAGGGUUGGACCAAGGCUGCCUCCACGUUCUUCAGCACCUUUGGCCUGAGCAUUGGCCACACUCCGGACAGUGUGACCACCGGUAUCAGCUACUCUGGCACCUGCGGUGCUUUCAACGUCUGCUUCCUGUGGGAGAGACCCCAUUUCAGCGUUGACAAGGGUGUCAUUGUGACCCAGCACAUCGACGUCAACUCCAAGCGAGCCUGCUCGAACCCCACCGUGACUCCUUACGAGGCUCACAUCAUGCAUGAGUCCAGCGAUGCUGGCGGUUCCAACUCCCACGGAAUGUGCUACUCUAUGGGCAACCACGGCUGUGGCAGCAAGGUCCUCGCUUCCAACCAGCUUCUGCGCUGCCCCAACAACUACUAA